GCAGCACGCUCUCCUGCUUGGUGCUCCUAAGGAAAGACACAACGCACCAUAUUCAGAACAGUCAGCAAUCCAAUCUCCUGGAUGGCUCUCAGGCCCAAAGAGAGGCAAGUGGUCUGGAUGAUGGUCAGGUCUCCAUGGAUGAGGAGGCAGCAACCACACCCACCAGGAGGGAGGUAUCAGGGCGAGGAACACCAAGUUUUGCCCAGAAUUCUCUGGGAGCCUCCUCUCCACCCACUGUCAUGGGGUCCAUGGAAGGGAGACCCUCUGAUGAGAUCUCUGGCAACCAAGUAGAGGAGGGGGAAUAUCUCCUGCCCAACAUGCAUUAUGUACUAACACAAAAAAUACUUGACUUGGUGAAUUUCUUGCUCCGCAAGUAUCGCAUGAAGAAGCUGACCACCAAGGCAGAAAUAGAGGCUAGCGUUAUGGUAGAUCGUGAAGAGCUCUGCCUUGUGAUCCUUAAAAAGGCCAUUGAGUGCCUCAAGGUGGCCUUUGGCAUUGAUAUGGUGGAAGUAUUCCCCAGUGUUCACACCUACUUCUUUAUCCCUGCCCUGGGUGUCACCUAUGAUGGCAUGCACCAUGGUGUCCCGGGCAUACCCAAGACAGGCCUCCUGAUAACUGCCCUGUGUAUUAUCUUCAUGGAGGACAACUGUGUCAGUGAGGAGACGUUCUGGGCUUUGUUGAAUCACAUGGGCAUUUGUGCUGGUGCGAAUUAUUUUCUCUUUGGGGAUCCCAGGAAAUUCUUCACUGAGGAUUUAGUGCAGGAAGGGUACCUGGAGUACAGGCAGGAGCCUGACGUCGAUCCUCCUCACCAUGUGUUUCUGUGGGGCCCAAGGGCCUAUGCUGAAGACACCAAGAUGAAAGUCUUGGAAUUUAUUGCCAGGGUCACUAGGAAAGAUCCCAGAUCCUUCACUUAGAUGUAUGUAGAGGCUUGAGAGAUGAGGGAGAGAGGAUCUAGGCCAGAAUUGCCCAGGUAAUGCCACUGCUGCUCUGACCAGCACACGUUCUAGGGCAUUAGCGAUUUCCAACCCUAUAAUAUCAAGCAGAGUCGGUGAUGUAUGGAACUGUGUGUCAAAGUAGAGCUGGGGGGAGGACACUGUGAACCAUUCCACUCUGUCCAUUCUGUUUGGGUGACUCCUGGAUAUGUCUUCCUGGUUUCCAAAAUGUUUUCCCUUUUUGCGAAAGUUUCAUUUAGCAUCAGAUUUUUAAGACACAGGUCAUAUUUCUAAUGUGUUUUUUGUUGUGUAUCCAGGUUAGGACAGUAUUCAUAUUUUGAAAUAAACUAGAAUAUCUUC